AAAACCAGAGAUGUUGAUGUCCAUUGAUUCUGAAUACGUGAAAUCAAAGAACUGUCACUUAAAAAACUAAAAAUGUGUUGAGAAUUCCAAUAUAAUUUUUGUAUUACGAAACAGCAACAGCCAAACAGCUUGAUUUUAUUGAUUCCGUAAAAUUUCAACUUUGGACCGUGAAACGUGAAAGCACAAAGUAGACAGCAGAAACUUUUCUGCAACUGCAACGAGUUAUGAGGAUAGAACAAAAGGAUAUUAGACAUGCUGGCAAAACCAAUUGUAUGGGAAAAAGUUUAUUAUAUUAUUAGAAACGAAACAAAUUUGAAAAAUAGAUUUCAUAGAAUUGAGUGACAGAAAUCAAACAUAAUAUCACAAAAUAUGUUACCUCUAAACACUACAAUGAUUAUAUUAUGUUUUGUAGGUUAGUCUAGCGUUGUCAUUGUCUAUGCACUAUCAGCUGAAUCCAAAAUGUGUCAUCCUCGCUGAAAUCCAGUUAUUUUUUAGGUUAUAAUAAGUGAUCUCAAAAGAUCACACAUUUUUAAUGACAUUCGUCAGUAAAAUACAAGUAUUAGAUUGUAUUUAAUUUUCUAUUAUUCACAAGCAAUGGGAAUUCUCGAAAAAAUAUCGGAGAUUGAAAAAGAAAUUGCUCGAACUCAAAAAAAUAAAGCAACCGAAUACCAUCUUGGAGUACUCAAAGCCAAAUUAGCCAAAUAUAGAGCACAACUAUUAGAACCUUCAAAGAAAUCUGAGAAAGGAGAAGGAUUCGAUGUAUUAAAGUCAGGAGACGCCAGAGUCGCCCUAAUAGGUUUUCCAUCCGUCGGAAAGUCGACACUGCUUAGUACUCUCACGGCGACUCAGAGUGAAGCAGCAUCGUAUGAGUUCACCACCUUGACAUGUAUUCCUGGUGUAAUUGAAUACAAGGGCGCAAGCAUUCAACUUCUUGAUUUGCCGGGAAUCAUUGAAGGCGCAGCUCAGGGAAAGGGAAGAGGUCGACAGGUGAUAGCUGUGGCUAGAACAGCCGACUUAGUUCUUAUGAUGCUGGAUGCAACCAAACAAACAGUUCAGAUGAAUCUGCUUCAAAAAGAAUUGGAGAGUGUUGGAAUAAGAUUGAACAAGCAAAAGCCUAAUAUCUAUUUCAAGGUGAAAAAGGGAGGAGGAAUAGCUUUCAACUCGACCUGCCCCCUAACGAAAGUGGACGAGAAAUUAGUGCAAAUGAUUCUGCAUGAGUACAAAAUAUUCAAUGCUGAAGUGCUGUUCAGAGAAGACUGCACCGCUGAUGAGUUGAUUGAUGUCAUCUCAGCCAACCGCGUAUAUCUGCCUUGUCUCUACGUUUACAACAAAAUCGAUCAGAUCUCCAUUGAGGAAGUCGAUCGAAUAGCUAGACAACCCAACAGUGUUGUUCUAAGCUGUAACAUGAAGUUGAACCUCGACUUCCUGCUGGACGAGUUGUGGUUCUAUCUGGCACUGAUCCGAGUCUACACCAAGAAACCCGGGCAGCCGCCUGACUUUGACGACGGCCUCAUUCUGCGCAGAGGUGUCACUGUCGAGCAUGUGUGUCAUGCAAUCCAUAGGACCCUUGUCAGUUGCUUCAAGUAUGCUCUCGUCUGGGGUACAAGUACAAAAUAUUCUCCGCAAAGAGUGGGCUUACAGCACGUUAUGCAGGACGAGGAUGUUAUACAAGUUAUCAAAAAAUGAUCCUAUUUCCUAUUCCCAAGCAAUAAACUAUACUUUUCGAUUAUAAACAUA